AAAGCAGCCAAUCAUACGCGGGUCUACUCGGGGACAACUCUACUUGGGGGCAAACGUCUUGUAAUAGAACCGAACUAUUUCCUCCAGACCUGGCAGUGGAGAGACAUAAGUUCGUCAGCUCGACCACCAGAACGGAACCACAAAGACAAGAAGCCCCUUCUUCCUGUAGCGCGGCGGCUGACGGACGAGACUGCGCGCUGCAGUCGAGCCCUUCUGCAGCACACGCACACACACGCUCAACCCGAUCCAGUCGUCGGAUCCGCGGGGUGACCUGGUCGGACACCUGUCAUGGCAUCCUCUGUGAUCAGCCGUCAUCUUGCGCUGUCCCUCCACAAAAACCUACACCUCAGUCUUUCAGGAUGCCGAUAUGCAAGCAAAGCGGCCCCAAAGGCCCAGUUGGACUUUGAGUAUGAUGGACCCUCCAUGAAAACUGAAGUUCCUGGGCCAAGAUCUCAUGAACUAACCAAACAACUGGGAGAAAUCCAGAAUGUUGGUGCUAUCAACUUCUUCUGCAAUUAUGAAGAGAGCAGGGGCAAUUACCUGGUGGAUGUGGAUGGCAACCGUAUGCUGGACAUCUACACUCAGAUCUCCUCCAUUCCAAUUGGAUACAACCACCCUGCUCUCCUCAAACUAAUGUCCAACCCCAACAAUCUGAGUACACUGGUGAACAGACCCGCCCUUGGAAUCUUGCCACCUGAGAAUUUUCCAGACAAAAUCAACGAAAGUCUUCUUUCAGUGGCUCCAAGUGGAAUGAGUCGUGUUCAGACUAUGGCCUGUGGCUCAUGCUCCAAUGAAAAUGCUUACAAGGCCAUGUUUAUCUGGUACAAGAAUAAAGAGCGAGGCCACACCUCACCAUCUGCUGAAGACCUCACCUCCUGCAUGAUAAAUCAGGGUCCAGGUUGUCCAGAUUUGAGUAUUUUAUCUUUCAUUGGUGGUUUCCAUGGUAGAACGAUGGGUUGUUUGUCAACGACGCACUCCAAAGCAAUACAUAAAUUGGACGUGCCCGCUUUUGAUUGGCCGAUCGCCCCCUUCCCCAAACUGCAAUAUCCACUGGAGGAAUUCAGCAGAGAAAACGCGCAGGAGGAGGCUCGCUGUUUGGAGGAGGUGGAGGACCUGAUUGUCAAGUGGAGACAAAAGGGAAAGCCUGUUGCCGGGAUUGUAAUUGAACCCAUUCAAGCCGAGGGAGGAGAUAAUCACGCCACUGCGGAUUUUUUCAGGAGCCUCCGCAAAAUUGCAAGCAAGCAUGGCUGUGCUUUCCACGUGGAUGAGGUCCAAACUGGAGGAGGGUGCACAGGAAAGUUCUGGGCCCAUGAGCACUGGGGCAUGGACAACCCCGCUGAUAUUGUCUCAUUCAGCAAGAAGCUUCUGACUGGAGGUUACUUCUACAGAGAUGAAUUUGAAGCUGAUAAGGGCUACCGCAUCUUCAACACAUGGAUGGGUGACCCUUCAAAGAACUUGUUGCUGUCCGAGGUCCUCAGUGUGAUCCGCAGAGAAAACCUCCUGGUGGAGGUGACUCGUUCAGGAAAAGCCUUGAUGACUGGCCUGAAUGAGUUACAGGCUCAGUACCCUGGCAUCCUGAGUCGAGCUCGAGGGCAAGGAACCUUCUGUGCCAUCGAUGUCUGCGAUGAUGCAACACGCAACGACAUCCUCGUGAAGGCCCGGAACAAGGGUAUCUUCCUGGGAGGGUGUGGAGAUCGAUCAAUCCGUUUCCGUCCAGCAUUGGUCUUCAAGGAGUACCACGUCCACUUGUUCCUUAAUCUCUUCAACGACGUGUUGGCCCAGAUCAAAUGAAAAACAAAACAACAUUCCAAGACAGAAUGCAGAAUAGAAAGGGGAGGGGGGGGGCACCCCCUUCAUGUCCAUGACGAGAUAAGCACAAAGCAUACUAUUGAAAAAGGCCAAGGUCAGUCGAGUUUACCCAAGCCACAACAAUGAUAACAAUAUCUCCGUACAUGUGAUGUCAUCAAGCCGUCAAUUAAUUCAGUAUUUCCAAUCAUUGUCAUGAUUCUCUAAAUGUGUGGGAAUGACAGCCGAAAUGAAUUUGGAUCGAUGGAAACUGGCAGAGCAGUGGGUGAAGUGAAAAUGAAAAGUCCAACACCAUU